AUGUUACCGUUAGUUGGUAUAUUUGGUCAAAAUCAACAACAAUCCCAAAAAUCAGAUUCUGUAACAACACAAGCAGUUCCAAUACAGCAACAACAACUAACUCAUAAUAAUAAACAUAUUCAACCUAGGGCUCAGCAAAAACAAUCCACAAAUUUUAAUUCAACUUACAAUCCUAUUCGUAGAAAAAAACCAUCAAACAGAAUGAAUAGAAAGAAAAUCGAUCAAGCUAUUGCCUUUUCUGCUUUUGCUGUCGAAGAAGAUCAUCAAGGAAAUCAUGAAUGUGCACUAGAUCUUUAUCUCACUGCUUUAGAGAAUAUAAAAGAUGCAUUAAAAACUAAAUUACGAGACUUUAUUGAUCGUGCCGGAUUAUCUGAAGAGAUGAUCAGUGAGUCAUCAGAUUCAAAGAAUCCAAAUCUUUAUCAAAAUAAUUAUCAUAAAUCUUGCUGCGUUGAUUCUGACUCUUUUAAUAAAUAUCACUCAUCAAAUUGUAAUAACAACAACAUCAACAAUGAUGAUCAUCACAGUAACGACAUCAAUAAUGCUGGAAUAUCAGAUCAUAUAAUCCAAGCUGCUAUUACUGGCGCAGUUGCUUUAAAACAAUCACCAAUACCUGAUGCCAUCACUGCUACUGUAAAUUAUACAAUGAAAAAAAUCAAAAAUAUCGAUGAAACUUAUGGCUUACAGGAUAAAGCUUGGGAAAUUUCAAGGUCUGGUAUGGAUGGCUUUGAUCAGAACAGAUUGUAA